GCCGAUUUCUCAUAUCGAGUUCAACUCCAGUUUAACCUGAACUUUUGGUGAACGACAGUUAAAAGUCAAAAUCGUCUUUCUCAAUUCCCGUUCACGCGAUUUUGGUGGUUUAAACUGCGUUCAAUUUGAACGGUGAAAUUCGGCCGUUCAAGGCGAGUUCAGAUGAACCAAAGGUUUACGCAUGCGUAGUAUUAUUUCAAUUUGACAUGAAACGCUGUCUUGUCAUAAUAAAUAAAUAUAACCUAUUAUUUUAUUAUUGUUAAUUUUACUUGUUAUUACAAAAUAGAUCUGCUGUGGAUAUUAUAACUAAACAUAUUUGUUUGUGUUUAUUUGGUUUAAAAAGUAGUGUUGAGAAUAGAAGAUAUAUUAUAAUGGAUUUCACGAGCGACGAUGAAGAAUUUUUGGAAGUAGUUGAAGAAUUGUUGGAACCUAACAGACAACGUGUAUAUAGGACUCGUGAAAAUCAAUUUGAAAAAUGGGAUGAUACCGAAUUUAGGAAUCGUUACAGAAUGGGAAAAGCAUGUGUUGAACAGAUUGUGGAUAUGAUAUCGGAGGAUAUUUCUUCCAAUACAAACAGGAAUGAGGCACUAACUUCAAGCGAAAUGGUUCUGGUUGCAUUAAGAUUUUUAGCAACAGGUUGUUUUUUAAAAGUGUCUGGUGACUUACAUGGUGUUAGUGAAAGCAGUGUUUGCAGGGCAGUGCAUAAAGUUUGCCAUGCAAUUGCGAUACGUGCAAAUAAUUUUAUCAAAAUGCCCAGAACACAGGAACAAAUGUCAACAGUAAAAAAUGGUUUUUAUUCAAUCGCUAAAUUUCCAAAAUGUGUUGGGGCUGUUGACUGCACACAUGUAAGAAUACAAUCUCCUGGAGGUGACACAGCAGAACUCUACAGAAACAGGAAAAAUUUUUUUUCUUUCAACAUUCAGCUGAUUUGUGACAGUGAGUUGAAUAUUCAAAAUAUUGUUUGUCGCUGGCCUGGAAGUGCACACGAUUCGCAUAUUUUCAGAUCUUCGAGGAUCAAAGAAGAAUUUGAAAAUGGUGAUUUUGGAAAUUCAGUUAUUGUAGGAGAUAGUGGUUAUGGCAUAAAACCUUAUCUUAUUACUCCUUUAGCAAAUCCACGAACUCCAGCUGAAAAUUUGUUUAAUGAAUCGCAGAUUCGCACAAGAAAUCCAAUUGAACGAUGCAUUGGGGUAUGGAAGAGAAGAUUCCCUGUGUUAGCAUAUGGUCUUCGUGUGAAAUCUACAAAAGUUGAAGCCAUUGUUGUCACAUGUGCUGUAUUGCAUAAUAUUGCAAUGGCAAACAAUGACAAUAUGCCUGAUGAGAUACCAUUUUUCCAGCAAUAUGUAGCUGAAACUUUUGUAGAAAAUGAAAUAAACAUGUUCAAUCAUAAUCGUGAUAAUACAGUGAGGUUAUCGUUAAUUAACUAUUUUGAUAGUUUGAUUGAAAAUUAACUAAGUUUUUUCUAGUCCAUGAAAAAGAGUUGUUUUGUGGGUUAUAAUUUUCUAGAAAAAGAUUUCUGCUUUGUGAUAUUAUGUAUACUCCAUCUAAUUUAUUUACCGUUGCACGUCAUCCGCGUCAUAGCCCGUGACGUCACAUGAUACCAACACAAAAUAUUUAGGCGGCAGGUGUGUUCUUUUUUGCACUUUGCCGAGUACACUGGCAUUACAGCCACUAGACAUAUUUUAUUAUAUACGCGUGGAAAUAAUAUUUAAAGAGUUCUAUUAUUGUCAACUUAAAGAAAUACACAAUAAUGUUUCAUUUAAUUUGUAUAAAUGGAUUAUACAGCGUUUUUAUGAAGCACAUUUGUUCGGAAUACACUGUAACUAUAAUCGAAUGCAGGUGAUAUUUAGGCAUAAAUUGGUAACAUUUAUUUGACAGUUGUGGUGAUGACACUUCAUAUUUGUUUAUAUUCUUUACUAUAAGUAUUUCUUUCAUUAUAUUUACCUUUUUUAUUAUAUACUUUAACGUAAGAUUAUAACUUCAUUCUUGUUUUCUAUUUCUAAAGUUUUUAUUUAUUUACAUUGAAUAUUAAUUUGUUCUGCUGUAUAAUCCACUUCCGCAAAAAUUGUGUGAUGUAUUUGAUUUAAAAUGAAUUCAAGAAUUUUUUGUAAUUGGGCAGCAAUGUCAACUUAGAUCUCUAAUGUAGAUAAUGAUGUGCAACGGUAAGUAAAUUAGAUGGACUGUAUAUUGGUACACUUGAUUUUUUUGGUAUGUAGUGAACUUUUAUUAGUGAUUUUAUACUAUAGGUAAUUAUUUAUGUUUUAAAUCCUAAGUUUUAUUGUAAAUUUUAACUGUUAAUGGGGUUAUCCCGUAUAAUAAUAAAUAAAUAUACUCUUCAUACAUAACGGUAAAGUUAUUAGUUUUAGAGAUAUCUGAAGUUAAUGAAAUGGCACUGUUAUUUUGAUUAAUGUAUUAUGCCUCUUCGUUUUUAAUUUUAAAUAUCUCUAAAACCAAUGAUUUUAUCGUUAAGAAUUAAGAGUAUGUCAUUUACAUACAAAGAAUAACUUAUUUCAUCAAAUUAAAAAAGUUUCCCAUAUGGUGCCGACUUAAUCGGACACCCUGUAUAUAUUAAAAUAUUAUAAUAAUUUUUUUCUAUGGCUAAUUUUAUAAUUAUAAUACAAAUAUAGUCUUCCCAUUUUAAAUAUUUUCUUUUUAUUACAUUUAUUCCUACUCUGUAUUUAUAUUACCUGAUAAAUAAAUAAAAAAAUUUUUAGAA